AUGCUCUCUCCUCCACUUUACCAAAUACCCUUUCUUUUUCUUGUUUCUCCUACUUUCUUGUUUCUAACAUUUCUACUUUCUCCUACUCGCUUGUUUCUAACAUUUCUCACUUCUUCUUUUCCUCUUUUCCCUUAUAUUAACUCUUUCUUUACCGCCUACUUGUGUUUUACUUCGUUUUUCUCACCUCUAUCAUCUUGUUUUCUUACUUUUCUCUGUUGCCUUAACUUUUUUCUUUUCGCUGCUUAUUGUUUUAACUUAUUCCUCUUUCUUUUUGCGUCUGUGAUUUCUCCUUAUUUUUCUUUAUCUCCCUUUUGCAAUGUAGUUGGUUUGUUUUCCUUUAUAUCUUCUGAUAACCAUUUACCUUUUUUUUUAUUCUUUCCUUUUCUUCUUCCAAAUUCUUAUUACUCAUUUCCUUCUUCCGGAUCUUUUCCCUCUUUCUCUUCUUGUGUUUUGAUUUUCUCAUCUCUCUCUUUUUUUUUCCCUAGUCUUUCUUUCUUUCUUUCUUUCUUUCUUUCUUUCUGUCACUUUCCUUUUCUAACAUUUUUUUCCUUUUUUCUUUUCAUCAAUGAAGCUAUUUUUCUUUAUUCUUCAUUUGCCCUUCAGUUUUGUUGUUUUUUCUUUCAGUCUCCUUUUUUCUCUUCUCCCUUCAUAUUCCAGCCUUACAUUUUUUUUCUUAUGAUUUCUGUCACACUUUGGUUUUGUUCCUUUAAUUUAUUUUCUCUCUCUGUCUCUGAAUUUUUGAUUCUUUGA